CUUCUCCCCAUCGCCGCAUGUGGCCUUUGAACCCAUUGUUGUGUCGCGGGUGACGUCAGUGCCGUCGGAGCGAGCGAGCGGCGUGCGCCUGGCGAGACAAAGGCGGCGGAGAGAGAGAGAGGGCGGGCUGUGCCGGAGUAGAGCGAACGGGGUCACGGAGCGCCGAAUCCCACUUUGUUUUCACCCCCCACCAAGUCACGCUCGGGUUCGGGGAUAGCGUUCUCCCGACCAUGAAGACACCCACGGGAGUCUUCGCACGGAGACAGCUACGGGUGUCCUAUUAACGUUUUUUUUUGUUUGUUUUUGGGGAACUCUGUUUUAACGCCCCCCCACCCCAGUUUUAGCCCGCUAGGCGGCUAACGUGCUAGCUCAAAAGAAGGCUGCUCCUCCUCCUUCCUUCCUCCUCCUCUUCUUCCCGGCUUACUUUCUCAUCUGUUCCUGAAGGAACGAGGCGACCGCAAAGCAGGGCAGAGCGAGUCGACAAAGUGGGGAUAAAAAGUGAGGCGAGCUCACCCAAAACAAGCAGGCAUCCGUGAUCUAAUGUUGUAUCCACGGAGAGACUAUGCCUAGCCCUUUAUUCCACCCCGACAUUAUGGACCACGACGUGGUGAUCAGCAGCCAGCACAACGGGGUCGGUCUGCCCCGUGAAACGGACCAAGAAUCCCGGGAUGAAGAUCACCAGGAGGUGCUCCGCUUCGCCCUGGACCAGCUGUCACUCAUGGCCUUGGAAAAGGUCGACUGUGGAGGAGGAGGCGGCGGCGGCGGCGGGCUGGUCGACACACUGGAUGGGACCCAAGCCCCAGCCUCGGAGGGCUACGUGGACCUACAAAUUUCCCGGGAUUCGCCGACCUCCUGCUCCCCGUCCCCGGAGUACUACGGCUCGGGCGGCUACCACAUGGCCGGCGGCGCGCACCCGAUGCUUCAUGGGGAACAAAGCUCCUCCGUCCUCUGCAACCGAAAGAGAAGCGUCAACAUGACCGAAUGUGUGCCCGUUCCAAGCUCCGAGCAUGUGGCGGAGAUCGUGGGGAGGCAAGGUUGUAAGAUCAAAGCGUUGCGGGCCAAAACCAACACUUACAUAAAGACGCCUGUUCGCGGCGAGGAGCCGGUGUUCAUCGUGACGGGGCGCAGGGAGGAUGUGGAAAUGGCCAAGCGGGAGAUCGUCUCAGCCGCCGAGCAUUUCUCCAUGAUACGAGCGUCCCGUUGCAAGGCGGGAGGGUCCGGAGGAGGGGGCGGUGGAGGAGGGGGAGGCUCACUUCCUGGACCACCGCACCUCCCUGGACAAACAACAAUUCAGGUGCGGGUGCCCUACAGAGUGGUAGGUCUUGUCGUAGGUCCAAAAGGAGCCACCAUCAAGCGCAUCCAACAGCAGACCCACACCUACAUCGUGACCCCCAGUCGAGAGAAGGACCCCGUCUUUGAGGUGACCGGCAUGCCCGAGAAUGUGGACCGGGCCAGGGAGGAGAUCGAGACCCACAUCACGCUGAGGACCGGAACCUUCGUCGACCUGCAGGGAGACAACGACUUCCACACCAACGGCACCGACGUCAGCCUCGAGGGCCUGGGCGCCCUCAGCGCGGGACUCGGGGCGUCCCUGUGGUCCCGGGCCGCCAACCACCAUUCCGCCCCCCCGCCCCCUCCGCCCUCCCCGCCGCCCGCCGCCAUGCAGAUGUCGGUGAACCGUAAGAUGUCUUCCUCGGUGGCCUAUCACGCGCAUAACGGAGCGAUGAGUGCCGACGGCUACGGCGGGGGCCGCAAAGGCAACGAAGGGGCCAGCCCCACCAGCCCCUUCAGCACGAGUUCCAGCAGCGCCGGCGGAGGAUUCACUUUCGGGGGCGACUCCACUCCGCUCCCUUCCUCGGACGAGCUGGGCUUUGAAUUCAGCGCUUCCAAGAUCUGGGCCCCCUUCGUCAACGGCGCCAACAAAUCGGGCGGGCCCUCGCACCCGCAGCCGCCGCUUCGCCGCAACAGCAGCGGCCUGAGCGGCGGGGCCAUCACUCCGCGCUUGUCCCCGACGCUGCCCCCGGAUGCCGGCGCCGGGCCCCCGGAGCACCCGUUGGCCCGCCGCGCCCAGAGCGACCCCCUGAGCACGCUCUCCUGGCUGCAGUCCAGCAACGCGGCGGGCGGCGGCAACGGCGGCGGCUCCUCCUCCUUCUCCGGAGGCUCCAGCUCCAGCUCGGGCGGCUCGUCCACAGGUUACUCCUCCUGCUCGGCGUCCUCGCUGCCCGGCGGCUCGCCCACCGACUCGGAGGGCGGCGCGGGCGGCGUGGGCCUCAGCUCCGGGAUGCUGACUCGGCUGAAAGGCGGGCCGGGCCCCGGCGUGGCGGGCCUGGCGGGCGCCGGCCCCGGGGUCAACAGGGACUGCUUCGUGUGCUUCGAGAGCGAGGUGACGGCCGCCCUGGUGCCGUGCGGCCACAACCUCUUCUGCAUGGAGUGCGCCGGGCAGAUCUGCCAAUCGGCCGAGCCCGAGUGCCCCGUGUGCCACACGCCCACCACGCAGUGCAUACGCAUCUUCUCUUAAUAGCGGCGGGAGCGUGCGCCGUGGUGGGAGGCUCGGAUUCACACUAAUAACCCUUGAACGCAAAGUGGACCAUUAUAAUAAUAAUGACAAUGGCAUUACUAGAGACAAUGAUGCUGAGGAAUAAUAAUAAUAAUAAUAACAAUGACGCUAUGGAUUUAUUUGGAGACCGUCUCUGGGUGGUGAAACUAGUGUCUUAUCUCUCUUCAGGCCUUCAUUUUGAACUCCUCGUAUCUCUUCUUCCUUCUCUCAGUCUUUCCUUUUGACUGCUUUUGUACUUGGCAGAUAUUUUUCCAUGAAGCUGACAGAUGAGGCCUGCACUUUUCUACUUGCGUCUCCCUCAUGCCUCCGCUUUCUUGCGCUCUUUCUUUGUCCUGGCGCUCUUUCUUUGUGACAUGAAUCCAGAGGUGUCAAACUCAUUUUUGCUUAAGAGCCGCAUUGUAAUUCUGCUUUCCCUCGGCAGGUCCUUAACGGCUUCUGGCAAAAUGUUGAUACUCAAAAUGUUUGGGGUAUAUUGACCGUUUUUCAUUUUCUGCCAACAAAUGUCCUAAAUUGCGAUGUUUGAGCUGUGGUGCCUUGAGAUACAACUUACAUACUGUAUUUUCCUGCACCACGCUUGGAACACAAAACACGCGAAGGACGUACAGAUACGUUGGAAUGAGCUGUAGACGCAGCUCCUCUCUUGGCUUCUCAGUACAGUAGUGAUAGCGGUUCUUUGCUGAGGAUCAAGAAUAUACUCUACAUACUUGAGUAUUGUGAUAUUAUCUCUUUACGCGUGUCGCUGGUUGUGUUCAGAUAUGUUCUGUAGAGGGUAACAACAGUGCCACGUAGAUGCUAGUUGUUUGCCCGCGUCGAGAGAGGGCCCCCACUGUGUGUUAGCAAUAAGGUAGCACAGGCUGUGCUGUUGUCUGACAGCAAAUUUCAUCUGAGACUGGCAAUAAACAGCCUGCAGCUUCUAAUUUUUAAGACGAUUUAGUCUGGCAAACUGCCAUUUGUUGCGUCAUCUGUUUGCAUGAUGCCCGAUGGCUUGGAUCUGGAAAACGUUUUUGAAGUUGGGUCAACUUGUAUCUCAAGGCGCCACUUUGAAAUUUGUUGAGUUGUCGGUACCGCUUGGUUGUAGAAUAAAAGAACUGCUCGUUUGACCUCAAAGUAAUCCUGUCAAUGGCAGAGUUAGCCACACGGAUCAUUUUGCAGCAGUCUCCGGAGCUGUGUGAUCAUGAACAAAUUACAUUUUAAAGUCAGGAGUCAAGGGAAAGAGCUUCACGUAUUGUUCAUUGAUUUUAAGAAAUAGAACAGUAGUUAGUAACGACGCAACAACAAAAUGCUUCCAAUAACCAUGAAACGUCUCGACGGCUCGCAAUAGUAAGACAAAUUUGAGUGCAAAGCCACAAAAGACGCAUAAAAUGAGGUGGGAAGGCCAGCUCAGACUUGCGGAUCUUGAGUUUGACACCUAUGACAUUAAUCUGAUUGUUUGGUGUGUUGUUGCCCCCCUUUCCCCCCGCCCUCCCGUGACCCAAAUUCCCCAAGCCUUCGUGUUGUGGCCUCAUAGACCGAAAGUAGCCAUCAAGCGAUGCCAAAUGUCUGUAGAGGUGAGCACAUUGUCUCUGCUGGUGGAGUCCAGUCAAACAUCAGUUGACAAUCGGGUGUCUUUUAGUCACACAAACUGUGACAUCCCACCUUUUCAUUGUCUUCUAAGGUGUGUGUGUGUAUGUGUGUGUGAGAGACUGCUCUGGUUCACCUCCCCCCAUGAGUCUCCGAGGCUGGAUCUGAUCCAUCCACGCCCUCCCCCACACAUGCAUACGCACACACUUCUCCUUGUCCACCCACAUCCUGUCUGUUCCACUUGCACGGGGCUCCUAAAGUGCUUUCUGACCGUGGAGGCGUGCGCACUACCCGUGAGAGUUUGUUUGCAUGUGCGUUUGCUGUGUGAGAGAGCGACCGCGUGAGCUUGUUUUGUGUCAUCGGUGUGCCUGAGAGAACGUGUGCUGUGUGAGAGGGCCGCGUUUCGAAGUGUGUUUGUGUUUAUGCGAGGAUGUGAUAUGUGCGUGUUGAUGUGUGAGAAGAGUGUGUCAAGCAAUGUGUGUUUUCGUUCCCGUGACAUGAGCGCUUGCAUAUGUGUUGUCGUGUGAGAGUACGUUGAUGUGAGAAUGUUCUUGAAAGGAAGAGUGUAUGGAGUGACGGCAUGUGUUUAUUUGUGUGAGCGAGAGAGAGCGUCCCGAGAGAGUGCAUGCCCUGUCACAGAAGCAAUUUAGUGAGUUUGUGUGUGUAUCUGUGAGAGGGAGAGAUUACCGUUACCGCGAGAGUGUGUUUGUAUAACUGUGAGAGGCGCGUCAGUGAAUGUGCGCCGGGUGUGUCGGAUUGUGCUUCUGUGCGAGGACAUCGCUGUGAGAUGGGGGUGGGGGGGAGUACUUGUGUGAGAGUAUGUGCGUGAGUUGCCGUUCUUACGAGAGAGUCUGUUACUGUAAGAGGGAGGGAUGCCAUGUUUGCUCCAACAAGGAAGUCUUGUUUCAGGGGAGUUCCCUUCCAAUGCAAAAAAAAAAAGAAAAGCCCGCGACAGGUCAAUUGAAGUAUUUUCCAUGCACUGUCAACGCCCCUCCCCCCUACAACCUUAGCCCCUCCCCCCUCCUCCCCCGCCAUCUGAACAACACAAACGGCUCGUCGUGUUUUGGUUUGGGUCUUCCACCCAGUCCGCACGCAUUUGUGGUGCGCUAUACGGACACUUUUUUUUUCCCCCCUUCUCUCUAAUCUGGUGUGACCUUGCCUCCUUUUUAUAGCGUUUGUAUGCGGAAUGUGCUGGAAACGUGAAGAAGCCAUGACAAACUCAGUUGCGGUGACAUUAAAGGGCUUCCUCCGAAGUUAGAUUUUUUUGGGGCUGACCCAAAGUAGGAAGACUCGACUGUAUCCUUUCUGGCAGCUAAUGGCUAUCACCCACCCAGGGCUUCCACACACACACACACACACACACGCACACACUUUGUGUUCCAAUCCCAGCAAGCUGCAGAAUAUUGAGAUUGACCUUGGACGCGAUUGUCACGAGGGAUUCGAGAAAGGCAAAAAGGCCGAUUGAUGCCGAGCCUAUUACAAGAGUGCAUCUGCGGUGAACUGAUUUGAUGUCCCCCUUGGACCACUGGCGAUGUUGUUUCGGGCCCCAUCUUAAGAACAGGAAAUUUCAAGUCGUGUUGUUUGAGUCCACGUGGCCAAUGAGAGAAUGUUAGGCUUAAUGUACAGUACUUUCAUUGUUUAAAAAAAAAAGAAAAGAAAACAGGUACAGUUUUUUCUCAAAUUGACUGCUGAUUUUUAUUUUUUUAAGCCCAAUGUGUUCCCCUUCCCCCAUUUUCUCGCUUAAAGGUUUGAAAACAGGGUUUCCUGAGGCUAGCCUGACCUCUGACCUUUCUUUUUCUGAUUGGAAGAGGGGGGAUUCAAAGACGAGCCUCGCCAACGAAAGGGGGGCAGGGCGCGCAGCCGGGGGGAGACUCCACUCAAGCGGCCACCCCCACUCGCCUAUUUUUGCUUUAAUUCUCUUUUGUACGCUGAACCAAAAUGUAAACCAUGUCAGCAGAAGUACCUGUGUGUGUAAAUAUCGGAACAAUCAUCUGCGUCUUGUUUUUCGCAAGCAAACGAGCUUCUUUGAAAACAAAAACUUGUAUCAUUAUUUGUAAGUUAACCAUCUGCAUGUCAUUCGCUCAUUUUUCAGAUUUAAAAAGAAAAAAACUUUUUACACAUUUUAUUUUUACAAUUGAUUUGCUUACCUAAAUAUCCCAGACAAUAAUGUGACCGUUUAUUACUUAAGAUUUAUUUUUGUUUUCCUUUUUUUAAUGUUUUCAUUUCCUGUGUACUACAUAUAAGCAAUUUAUAACAAAAUGAGAAAAUUAUUGAAGAAAAUUUUAAAAUUGAAAUAUAUUUUAUUUGAAAGUUUAUGGACCUUUUAACCGAGAGCCGGGAAAAAUUGUAUCAAGGUAUGAUUUGAGCUGGUUUGACGGUUAUGAGAAAUGUAUCAAGAGUUUUAUUUUUUAUGCUUCUUUAAUAAAGUCUUGGUUUUUGGUUUCAUUUUUUACUGUAAGAUGAUAACUUGCGUCUUGUUUUUAUUUGUGCUGAGGUGGGACACGGUCUUCAGCAGGCAUACAAAUAAAACCUUUUGUAUCUUGA